AUGAAUGAAACACAAGACAGCGACACGAACUUCGAAGUGGCCUGCUCUUAAUGUCAAACAACUCCUGACAAUUAUGUCAAAUUGGAUUGUGAUCACAAGUUCUGUCUCGUUUGUUUAGCCUACAAUUAUUUGCAAUCUCAACAGCAGAACCCAGAGUCUCAAGAUAUUGUGAAAGUGGCCAUCUGUUCCAAAUGUCAAUACGAAACCCACCUUGAUCCAGACACAAUUGAGGCCAUUCAAUACGUGAUCAAAGAGAUCAUCAUUCCACUCAUCGAAUAGAAUUAGGAAGAGCACAAUUUGGAGAUCGAUUUCGAUCUAAAAUAAUCUGAAACUAUUCGAGAAUCUAAAGCCAACUUUGCUGCUGAUAUUGCUAAUGAUUCUUAGAUCUAAAAAUUUGAAUCCAAAGAUAAAUAUGUCAACAACUUAUAAUUUCAAAAAGUAGACCAGCCCAAGGAAGUCACUGAAGUCAAGGAUAUCAAGAAAAUCAAAGAAUCAAUGGCAAAUAAAAAUGAAAUGACUCCUGCCUUGAAUGAAAGAGUACAAUUAUAUUUGGAGAGAUUGGACAAAAGUUUUAAGAACAAGUUCGAAUCCAUCAGAGACAUCCAAGAUCAGAAAUUCCAAUUCCAAUAGAAGUGCUAAUCUACAAGAGAUGAGAUCAGCCAAGAAUUUCAAAAAGUAAUGCUAUCUAUCUUAAUUAGUAAAUACUUGCUUUGGAAUCAAAAAAGAAUAGUCUCAUUAAUGAAGUCAAUGCGCUGGAAACCUAACAAUUGUUGGAAAUCCAAAAGCAAGAGAAUGAAUAUGUAUUUGUAUUCGGAAUAUCUCAAGGAAACAUAAAUUCAAUUGAUGGCUAAGUAUCAGGAGGAACUAAAGAACUUAAAGGGCUUUCCUGAAGAUUUGAGCAAAUUCUUAAUUGAAAUUGAAAAAAUUAUGACUGCCCCAUCUCAAUCUCUGUAAAUAGUAAAAUAUGUGUGCAUGAAUAGAAAUCCUUACUCUUGUCAUCCCAAAGAUAGCUAAUUCGAAUUUAAUCUCUAUCCUAAUAGACAGAAGAGAGAUUAACUUCAGAUUCCAAAAUGAUGACAUUCUAACAGAAGUUCAGUCCUGUUAAGAAUGACAGAACCAACGAAAUUUGGAAUAAGUUGAACGAAAGUGAUAAAAAGAGUAGACUUAAAGAAAGCUCAAUCUCGCAAUAAAGAUCAAAUCAAAAGAGCAGAUGGAAAGAAACCAUCCUAGAAAUCUUUGAUAAGAAAGAACAAAGUUUUGAAAGAUAUUCUAAUAAUAAAUACAACCCAUUGAAUAGAACCUACAAUAUUCAUUAAGUUUUGAAUAUGCAACAACAGAGCUUUUAAAUUUAAAAAGAAAAUUUAUUAAAAAGAUGA